GGGAGAUGUGUGGACGGUGAGCUUGAAUGCGUCCAGGGAUUCAAGAGAUACGGCAAGACAUGCAUAGAGGAUGGGCUGCUGAGCCAGACAGCUAACAAGAUUGUACCGCCCUUGCCUUUUCAUUUUUUCUUUCUUUCUUUGUUGCCUGCUCUUUCUACAGCACACCUACUCACGCUCUACCCGUGUUGACGUUCUCAACAAAAUCAAGUCAGAGUUGCUACAGUUGAGGAUCUGCGGUCAGCACGCCCGUGCUUUAUGUGGCCGACCUGCCAAAAUCUUGGUCUGUUAUCGUCUCCCACGUUAUUGUUUUUUUCUCUCGCAAGUCACAAUUCCCUUGUCCAAAUCCCUUGCAUUUACAAGUAUAUUCCUUUUCCUGCUACAUCUACAUAUCCUACUGCAACUUCUAUUGCCUCAAUUUCAGUUUGAGGAGCUUGACAUCUCAAAUAUGGUUGAUGAGCUCUUAUCAAAGAAUUCUGCUGGCCUAAGUGAGGAUGGAAUUAAGCUUGUGAAAAUUAGGGUGCUGGAGAGUGCACAAGGCUUCUUUGAGACAACAUUGACUCUUAACAAAGUCAAAGGAUUUCAAUGUCCUGAGCUGGUCGCAGAGCUUCAUAUGCCCCUGACUUGUCAAAUUCGUCAAUGGAUCAUUAGAAAUAUAAUCUUUGUGAUGACCUUUUGUAGCCUGUUUGCAGCACUGCUCUGGAUACUGUGGAGCAUUUACCAGAGACGGGCAUUAUCAAACAGAGCUGAGCAAAUAUACGAGCAGGUGUGUGAAAUCCUUGAAGAUAACACCAUAAAUGCCAAGAUUGGUAACUCCGAAUGUGAUCCUUGGGUGGUCGCCUCAUGGCUGAGGGAUCAUCUACUGGUUCCUCAAGAACGAAAGAAUGCUUUCUUGUGGAAAAAGGUUGAAGAACUGAUACUGGAAGAUUCUCGCAUAGAUCAAUAUCCAAAGGUCAUUAAGGGAGAGUCAAAGGUUGUUUACGAGUGGCAAGCUAGUGGCUCGCUUAGUGCAAAGAUUAGGAAGGUUCAAGGUGCAAGAGGCAAGUCAAGGACUGUUGCCGGUGCCAUAAAACUUGCCGAAGAAAUGGGUACUUGCAUGGGUGAGGUGAGGGAGCAGGGCUCAAGCAAUUUAACACACAAAGAUAGAACUAAGGCUUGAGUUGAGCUCACAUGUAACUAGGGUGACUUGUAUGCCUAUUCAGCGAUGGAAUUGUUAUCCAAUCGUAUGUGAAGGCCAGGAACUGACAUUGUAUAGGAUUACCUGGUAUCGGCAUGGAGGAAUGUAUGCUGUUGUGAGGAA